AUGAUCAAUAUCCUGACCUGCCUGCAUGCGAGAUUGGGACUGCGACUUCCAGUGUCAUCAUCUACCUGCCGUUUUCACCCCUCAUCAAUUUCUACAGGGUUUGGAAAUGAUUGUUAUGCAGCUCGAGCCAGUCCAAAAUAUGAGCCUUAUAAAAGGUCAUCAUCAUCAUCAAAGUCUCGAUCGAGAUCUCCUGAAAAUACAGGCAAAGUGAUGUAUAUAACCAGUUUUGGUGGUGAAAGUGAAGAAGAUGCAGGAGUAUUACAGGGACCAUCUCUUCCUCCAGAUACACAUCACCAAAGCAGUCGUGGCGAUUCAAAAGGAGGUGGGGGAGGAAGCAGUCGUUCAUGGAAAUCAACUUCAAGAUCAAGCAGAAAGCCAUCUUCAUCAUCUCGCUACCGGCACCGGAGCAGAUCUCCUGUACACAACACUGGCAAGCAUCGCUGGGUAGGGAGAAGAAACAGCAGAUCACGUUCAGCUUCUAGUUCUCACUCACGUUCUCGCUCACGUUCUCGCUCAAAGUCAAGGUCUCCUUCACCACACAAUAAAACCAGGUGUCAUUCCAAGUCUAAAAGCCCAGCUGAAACCACAGCUGUUGCGACACCUCCUAAGCCAAUUGUUAAACGGUAUAGAAGAUCCAGUCUUUCAUCCAGUGCUGAAGAUUCCAAAUCUGAUUCUGAUAGUGGCAAGUCUCCUGCACCACCCUCUACUGACACGACUACUACUACAUCUUCCACAGUUACGUCUUCCAAGAUCAAAGAUAGCAGAGUUCCUGCACCAAAUGUGUUGGGUAAAGCCACUCUAGAAUCUCAAGUCAGUAAGCUCCUCUUUUUAUAUUCUUCUUUUCAUGUUGUUCAAUUUCCAUAUGAUGUCAAGAGUACUACUUCUGCUACUACUACUACUUCUGACCUUGCUUCUUUUUGCAUUAGUUUGCAAUAG